AUGAAAUCUCUCCAAACCUUCUUCGGAAUCGGCAACAACGUCUCCUCCCGCCUCCUCGCCCGCUUCCACAUCCACCCAACCGCCAAAAUAGGCGAUCUACAGAAUCAACAAGUCCUCGACAUCACAGCCGCACUAUCCGAAAUGAAGAUCGAGAAUGACUUGCGCCGACAAAUUUUGGAUGAUAUCAAGCGGUUGAGGGAUACGGGUACAUAUCGCGGCAGGAGGCAUGCGUUGGGCUUGCCUGUGAGAGGACAGAAUACUCGCAGUCAGAUCAAAACCGCGUACAAACUCAACUCUGCCGAGAGAAAACUUUAA